CAUAAAUACACAAACCUAUCUCACAUAAAAAUUUCAAAACUUGUUGAUGUAACUUUUGUCAGAAAUCUAUCAAUGGCAGAACUAGAGAGUCCAAUGAUGCCAAAAUUAAUAAGUUUUCUAUCUUCACUUCUAGAAAGAGUUGCUGAAUCAAAUGAUGAGACACAAAAUCAUCAUCAAAAGAUCUCUGUUUUUCAAGGUUUAACAAGACCAGAUAUCUCAAUUCAAAGCUAUCUUGAGAGAAUUUUCAAGUAUGCAAAUUGUAGUUCAUCUUGCAUCAUUGUUGCUUAUGUUUAUCUUGAUCGUUUCACUCAAUCACAACCUUCUUUGCCUAUCAAUUCUUUCAAUGUUCAUCGCUUGUUGAUUACUAGUGUCAUGGUGGCUGCUAAAUUCAUGGAUGAUGUAUGCUACAACAAUGCUUACUAUGCAAAAGUUGGAGGAAUCACCAAAGCAGAGAUGAAUUUUCUUGAAUUAGAUUUCUUAUUUGGUUUGGGUUUCAAUUUAAAUGUAACACCAGUGACAUUCCAAGCCUAUUGUGUUCAUCUCCAAAGAGAAAUGCUACAAAUGCAACCAUUGAAUUUUGUUGAUUCUACAAUAAGUUUAGCAAAAUCACUAAGGCACAUUUAUGCUUCAAUGAAGAUGAAUCUUCCCAUCAAAACCAACAACAGCUAGCUGUUUGAUUUAAUGCAUUUUCUUAAUGCAAUUAGUAGAUUGAUUGACUAGUUAUGUAAAU